CACACACACACACACACACAGACACACAGAGGGGGCAGUGUGUUCAGAGCUGCGGAUCCUCCCAGGUGCCAAACACACACACACACACUCACACACGUUCCUCCGGUCGCCUGAAGGACGAGCUGAGCAGCUGAGCAGGAACCGCCGAUAUUUGGAAAUAUCGAAACAGGGAAGUUGGAGUCGAGCGCGUCCGUGUCCGCGGUGGAAAGUCGCUCGGUCGUCGGCAUGUUCAGCUGGGUGAAGCAGGAGCAAGGUGGACGCAACAAGGAAGGAGAGAUGUACCAGACGGUGACGGAGGGACUGCAGAGCCUCUACACCAAGAAGCUGCUGCCGCUGGAGGAGCACUACCUCUUCCAUGACUUCCACUCCCCGGCCCUGGAGGCCGCCGACUUCCAGAGCAAGCCCAUGGUGCUGCUGGUCGGCCAGUACUCCACCGGGAAAACCACCUUCAUCAGGUACCUGUUGGAGCAGGAUUUUCCGGGGAUGCGGAUCGGCCCCGAGCCGACCACCGACGGCUUUAUCGCGGUGAUGUACGGCGAGAACGAGGGCGUUGUCCCUGGCAACGCUCUGGUGGUCGACCCCAAAAAACCUUUCAGGAAGCUCAACGCGUUCGGAAACUCUUUCCUCAACAGGUUCAUCUGCUCUCAGAUGCCCAAUCAGGUCCUUCAGAGCAUCAGCAUCAUCGACACUCCUGGUAUCCUGUCUGGAGAGAAACAACGAAUCAGCAGAGGUUAUGACUUUGCGGAGGUCCUGCGUUGGUUCGGGGAGCGGGUGGACCGGAUCAUUCUGCUGUUCGACGCUCACAAGCUGGACAUCUCGGACGAGUUCUCCGAGGCCAUCAAAGCCUUCAAAGGACAAGACGACAAGAUCCGAGUCGUCCUCAACAAGGCCGACCAGGUGGACACGCAGCAGCUGAUGCGGGUGUACGGCGCCCUCAUGUGGUCACUGGGGAAGGUGAUCAACACUCCAGAGGUGGUGAGAGUUUACCUGGGCUCCUUCUGGGCCAAACCCCUGCAGAACACCGAGAACAGGCGUCUGUUUGAGGCGGAGUCUCAGGACCUCUUCAGGGACAUCCAGAGUCUUCCGAGAAACGCAGCGCUGCGUAAACUCAACGACCUCAUCAAGCGAGCGAGGCUGGCGAAGGUGCACGCUUACAUCAUCAGCUACCUGAAGAAGGAGAUGCCGUCUCUGUUUGGGCGAGAGAAGAAGAAAGAGGAGCUGAUCAUGAGGCUGCCGGAGAUCUACACCAUCCUGCAGAGAGAGCAUCACAUCAGCCCCGGAGACUUCCCCAACGUCACCAAGAUGCAGGACAUGCUGCAGCACUACGACUUCAACAAGUUCCCGUCUCUGAAGAUGAAGCUGAUCGAGUCAGUGGACAAGAUGUUGGCCACAAAGAUCGCCGUUCUGAUGGCGAUGAUCCGCGAGGAGGAGUCCAAGCAGCCGCCGGCCAUGGUGUCCGGCGGCGCCUUCGAGGGCUCCCAGGACGGACCCUUCGGCCAGGGCUACGGCGAGGGCAUCAGCGCCGGGGCCGACGCCGAGGACUGGAUCGUGAGCCGCGAGAAGCACCGCUAUGACGAGCUCUUCUACACGCUGAUGCCCAUCAACGGCAAGAUCACCGGCGUCAACGCCAAGAAGGAGAUGAUGAACUCGCGGCUGCCCAACACCGUGCUGGGGAAGAUCUGGAAGCUGGCCGACUGCGACCGCGACGGCAUGCUGGACGACGAGGAGUUCGCGCUCGCUCAGCACCUCAUCAAGAUCAAACUGGAGGGCUACGAGCUGCCCACCGAGCUGCCCGACCACCUGGUUCCCCCGUCCCACCGCAAAAACCCCACCGCAGACGCCCUGUACAACCACACCGAGGACUAGAGCGCCGGCAGGGCGCCGAGCUAGCCGCCAAAGAGACUGGCUUAGCUGAGAAGAAGUCCAAAUGUAAAAAAUCACCACAGGUCAACAUUUCUGUUGCUGAUGUUCAGUCUAAGAGGAGAACCAAUCAGCAAACUGACAGCUGCUGGAGGUCUGAAGUUUAGGAUUCACACGUGAGGAGCUCGCCACCAUGAUGACCUUCAAACAUUGCUAACUCAGUCGCUAAUCACAUGUUUAAAAAAACGGCCAGCAGACUAAAUAAGUGACUGAAAGCGCUAAGAAAGUCAAAAUAUUAUGCUUUUAUUUUGGUAAGAUUUUAUAUAUUCUACAUUUCGGUUGCUUUAAAGGCACCAAAGAAGAAAAAAAAUAUGAUGUAGCCUCAUAAUUUACUAGUUCUACUUUAAGUUGGACACUUUUAUUUUGAAAGAGAAUAAUGUUUUAGAAAUAUCUCAAUAACGAACCAACUUCCUGCCUUAAUGUUCUUCAGAAAAUGCCUCUGUUUGUCUGAACGCUGCAGUAUCUGAGCAACACGCGAGCAGCUUGAUAGAAAUGGUCACCGACAUUAUAGUGACUGGAUGUAAGUUGCUCGUAGCUCUUCCUCCUGGUUGUUCCUCAGUUUCCAAACUGAAACACCCAUAAGGCCGCUGAAGCUGUUUGUAUUGGUUUAAGGUUUAAACGGACCAAUCAGCACGUCAGUCUUCAGGUUCGUGCCUGUAAUUGAACAUCAUCAAGAUAAUCUGUUCCUGAACGUCCACACAACCCAAACACAGUCAAAACUACUUAAAGCUUUUAUUUUAUUUUUUAUUGUAACCAGCAGAUAUUUUCUGAUUUUAACUUUAGAAAUGACUCAGAUGAUAAUCAUUAUUUGAUUUGCUGCAGGUGGACUGAUGGUUUCACUGUGUUUUAGAAACUCUGAAUAAAAUGAUGUGAUGCAGAUGAUUUAACAUCAAGACGUCACGACUCAACGAAAAAAUCCAGAGAAUCCCAACGAGUCUUCACAUGUCAAGCUCCAGACUCGUCUUAACAUCCGCGUUCUAGAUCACUCACUGCCUUCGCCGUGUGCAGAAGCAGGGCCGGGACACGGGGUGGUCAGAGGUCAAAGGUCAGAGUCUUCUCUGUUUGAACAGCACACAGUCAGGAGGAGAUGACGGUGGAAGUGAGCGCUCGCUCUGCUGCUGCAGCUCGUCGUUAACUCGUCCUCCGGGACUGACGGCGUCCUGAAACGUGUUGCAGAGGACAGUCAGUCAGUUUCCUCACAUUGUAAACUGAGCUGAGGGGAGGAGAGACGGUGACCUCUGACCCCUGCUGACUGCAUACUUUCCUCUGUAUGGAAACUGUGGAAACAGUUUUAUUUGUUUUUUCUUUAUGGAGCUAAAAAAACAGCUCCAGUGUUAAAAUGAGAAGAUUUAUUGCUCACAUGGUCCAAACCAAGGCAGAAAAAUACACUAUGUGGCCAGAAGUAUGUGGACACGUGGUCUGUGUUCCAGUCCAUCUUAAAGGUGGUAGAUGGGGUUGAGGUCCGGGUCAGUGCAGUUCUUCAUCACCAAACCACUGAAACAGGAGGAGCUGUUGAAACAAAGCUAUCGUCUGAAACACCUUUGGAUGCUGCAGCAUUAAGGUUCUUACCAAAACCAAGACCAGUGGUGUCCACAUACUUUUGGCCAUAAAGUCUGCAUAUAAAGUUACACCAUAAAAAAAUCUUAAAAACACAAAAUAUGUCAAUAUAAAUUUACCCAAAGCUAAAAAUUCACGUCAAAAUCUACUGACAUCUAACUGAUCGUUGGCUAACCUCCGCCACCCUUAGCUAACGAUGCUACGCCUGUCAAUCUUCGGCCUCAGAUCCAUCGUCAGAAUUCACAGGAUUUCUGAUAGAGACAAAAGCAGCUUCUUCUUUCCAGCAACCGUCGAUUAUUGUGCUAAUUUUAGCUGUAUACUAGCAUUAGCUCUGUGUGUCGGUUGAAAGUGCGAUCUUGAGCUCUUGGUUCGGUGUCUGGAGUGUAAACGUCCACAUAUGGAAUGAAGAGCAGGAGCUAGCCAUGAAUGUUAGCCUAAACUCCUGAAAGUAACUUUUUUUUACUGAGGGUAGUUAGCUAGAGAACAUGCUAACGUUAGCAGCUUAUGUUUGAGCAGAUAAACACACUGUUAAAUACUGUCCUGACACGUUUAAUCUUGUGUUCUUGGUUUUGGCGUAAAAGGUGCAAACAAAGCAAACUAGCAAGUUUGUGAACAUUAAGAAAUCCAAAGACCACAGAUGUGCCACGCCUAGUUACGGUUGCUUAGCUAUGAUUGUACAAUUGCUGUAAGAGGGAGGGGUUUAGCAAACAGUGGGUUGUAACAAACGCAGUAGUGAAUCUCGCUCUCGAUGUGCCUUUAAAUGCUUCUUUUUAUAGAAAAGUUUCGUCGACCACAGAGCCAGAUAUUAGCUGCAGUCUCAGCGUGUGUUCAGCCUGAAUCUGAAGCACGUUAUCGCCUCGUCUUAAUCGUGUAAAUUUGACAGCCAGAGUGUUUUUUCUCUUUGUUUCCUGACCCAAACCGACGUUAGCCGUAGCUACGGUAGCUAGCUUCAGUCUGAACACACCUUCAUUAGCUAAUAUUAAAAUACUGGCCUCCAAAGACAUUCAGCUCAGAUUUCAAAGCUUCAUUUGCACAUUUCCCCGUCAGUGCCUCGUCAAAGCCCUUCAAGAUAAACAGAGCUUAUUUCUUUUCAGCUCGAUACGCCUCCGCCGAGCGGCUCCGCGCCCUCUGUUUCUACGACACGCCUCCGCCGGACAUGCUCCGCGCCCUCUGUUUCUAUGACAGGACUCAAACCGUCCUUGAGGACUCGGCAGCUGGGCGCCGUCCGUUUCGUGCCUUUAACGUGCAAAGAAAGACAGAAGUCUGAAGAGCGAAGCUCAUCGCGUCGGCCGGAAACUGUUCCGGUCAAACUCUUUCAUCGUUCCGUAAGAGGACGUCUGUAACAUCUUUGUCCCGUCUGGUCUUGAUUUAACGUCUGUAAAAUCCAGCAUCAUGCAGAAUAAAGAUAAACUUGGUCUAAGGAGCCCGGACAGAGCAGGAAAAGUCCGUUUGAAUGUUUUCUGGGUGUGAAGAUGCUUCCCGCAGUCCGAUCGCGUUCAAUGAAAAUCUCAAAUUAAAUCUUCAUUUAUCUGAAUGUACAAGUUUUUAUUUUUGUGAUCUUGAUGUAUUUUGUAUUCUCGUCGUUUGAACGUGUUCGUGAUCGACUUUCUGUUACUCAGUUCUGAUGAUCUCAUCCUGUUAUCAGAGGUGGAGACUAAUAAAGUUUAUCCCACACA